CUCUCAGUGUGUGUGUUGUGGGUGCAUUUCCUUUUUUGAAUUUCCGCCAUUUGCCAAACGAUCCAAGAAAGCCACAACAAAGUGUUCAACAUGCAGAGAAUUCUGGUAUCCAGUAUCCUGGUGCUGUCCUGGAUAACAGCUGGACAUGCCCUGGCCGUGGGCUCACCCGAGUGCCCCGAGAAGUACGGCGAACAGGCGUAUGCCCACACGGAGAACUGCGACCAGUUCUUCCUCUGCACCAAUGGCACCCUCACCCUGGAGACCUGCGAGAAUGGACUGCUCUUUGAUGGCAAGGGCGCCGUCCACAAUCACUGCAACUACAACUGGGCCGUCGACUGCAAGGGUCGCCAGUGGGAUCCCACUCCGAUCUCCUCGCCGGGCUGUGAGUAUCAGUUCGGUUUGUAUGCGGUGUCCAAGGACUGUGCCACCACGUACAUCAAGUGCGCCCACGGCGAGCCCCACGAGCAGGACUGCGAUGCCGGCCUGGCCUACGAUGAGCGCAUCCAUGGCUGCAACUGGCCCGACCAGCUCCUCGACCACUGCAAUCCCGAGGCUGUCGUUGGCUUCAAGUGCCCCACCAAGGUGGAUCCCAAUUCGGUGGCCGCUCGCUUCUGGCCCUUCCCACGUUUCCCCGUCUCCGGGGACUGCCAUCGCCUGAUCACCUGCGUGGAGGGUUAUCCCCGUCUCAUCAGCUGCGGCGAGGACAAAGUCUUCGAUGAGCACACGCUCACCUGCGAGGAGCCCGAGUAUGCCAGCGGCGGGUGCGCCAACUACGGAAAGUAGAGAGGGAGGAGAGGAGAUCCAUCGUUGGACGUUGUCGAAGUCCGUAGAUCUCUGCUCGGAUAUCGGCUCUGUAUAUAAAUACGUACAUAUGAAAAGCUCCAGCUCCGACUAGCUCUAUCCAAUCCACUCCACAAUCUAUCUAUAUAGCCCUCUCUCUCUCCCUCUCUAUCUCUCUCUGAGGGCUUUUUUUUGUAUACCUGCACGCGCAUGCCUUUCGCACUGUCCCAAAAUUUCCUAGCGAAAAGAAACCCAACCCAAAACCGAAUUAAACAAAAUAUUUUGCAUAUACUCGUA